GCGACUUCCUCCUCGCCGAAUUGAAAAGCCCCAGCACGGCAGCAUCCCGAUCAGUUCCACUCACUCCAUCCACGCGCCACCACCUCCGAAAAUGAGGGUGUUCUGUGUCUUAGUGUUCAGUGUUGCGCUCGUCCUCGCCGACGAAGCCGCCAAGCAGGAGAAGCAGGAGGGCGGCGACAAGCAGAAGCGAAGCGGCUUCGGUGACUUCGGCGGAUUCGGCUAUGGCCUCGGCGGCGGCCACGGCUUCAACGGCGGAUUCGGCCAGGGCCUCAACGGCCUCAACGGCGGCUACGGCCAGGGCCUAGGAUACGGCCAGGGCCUAGGAUACGGCUACGGACACGGCCACUCCAUCGAGAAGACCAUCACCAUCAACAAGGAGGUCCCCGUCCCGUACCCCGUCCACGUCGAGAAACAAGUCCCGGUCCCCGUCCACGUCAAAGUCCCCGUCGACCGCCCCUACCCCGUCCAAGUCCCCGCUCCCUACCCCGUCCACGUUGAGAAACAAGUCCACGUCCCUGUCCAAGUCCCCGUCCCUGCACCCUACCCCGUCGAGAAGCGCGUCCCCUACCCCGUCCAAGUCCCCGUCGACAGGCCUUACCCCGUCCACGUACCCAAACCCUACCCAGUCUACGUCGAAAAGAAAGUCCCUUACCCUGUCGAGAAGCACGUCCCUGUCCCUGUCCAAGUCCCCGUCGACCGUCCCUACCCGGUCCAUGUUCCUGUUGAGAAGCCAGUGCCUUACCCAGUCGAGAAGCAUGUGCCAUACCCGGUGAAGGUCCCAGUCGACAGACCGUACCCUGUCCAUGUCCCACAACCGUACCCAGUCCACGUUGAGAAGGCUGUGCCAUACCCCGUCGAAAGGCCGGUGCCUUACCCGGUCAAGGUGCCCGUCAGGGAACCCUACCCCGUUCACGUACCGGUUGAGAAGCCCGUCUACGUCCCAGUCAAGUCCCACGGACCCUCCUACGGAUGGGGACACGGCUGGUAAACACAAACACGAUCAUGAUCUCCGCAACAACUCACUUCAACACAUCAACAGUUGAUGAUGCCCAUGGUGCCGACACAGUUUCCAGGAUACUCUCAACAGGAUAUAAACAGUUCAUUUUAUGCGGCUAUAUUUCUGUUAUUUACUUCGUUUAAACCAACAUUCGCAAGAGUGAAUAUUGAAUAAUCUUGUAGUUCCUUGUAGAAUACUUUACCUCGGCCAAAUUAGUCAUUCCUAAACUUUUCAAGUGCAAGUUUGGAUGAAUGUAUUCAUCUUUUAGUGCUCAUUAAUUGACGCAAUGCUUUAAUGAAGAGUGAUAAAAGUGUGUUGUAUGGAAUGAGUGGAACGGUAGGUUGCACGAGAUAUCUUUUUAUUAUUUUUUUUUUAAUGUUCUCCCCUUUUUUCAAAUCAAUUUACACCAAUCUUUCAAAUGGAGUUAUUCCUUCAAAUAAGUACGUCUAAACUUUAGAUACCGAUUAUUCAUCUUUCAAAUGCAUUCAAAUUAGUUAAAUCAGAAGAUUUUCAGUGUAUCAACAAUGUCAUGCGGAGAAUGAUUAUAAAUAAUACCAAACAAAUUUCGAUUUUUUUUUUUCAUGAUUUGGACCGUUAUUAAAGGUUACCGUUACAUCAUCUGCGCCACUAAUUCAAAUAGUUUCUGAAAAAUUAUUGAAAAAAAGUGUCCUUAAACUUCGUUCAAAAUAAGAUAAUUGUAAAUAAAUGUUGUACUUAUCGUUAAGCACUGAAGUAAAAAAAAAAUUACAGUCAA